AUGUCGAUCGAAAUCGAGUCCUCGGAUGUGAUCCGUCUCAUCAUGCAGUACCUGAAGGAGAAUAGUUUACAUCGGGCAUUAGCCACUUUACAGGAGGAAACUACUGUGUCUUUGAAUACUGUGGACAGUAUUGAGAGUUUUGUGGCUGACAUUAAUAGUGGCCAUUGGGAUACUGUUUUACAGGCUAUACAGUCUCUGAAAUUGCCAGACAAAACCCUCAUUGACCUCUAUGAACAGGUUGUUCUAGAAUUGAUAGAGCUUCGUGAACUGGGUGCUGCCAGGUCACUACUGAGACAGACUGACCCUAUGAUCAUGUUAAAACAAACACAGCCAGAGCGGUAUAUUCAUCUGGAAAACCUCUUGGCCAGGUCUUACUUUGAUCCUCGUGAGGCAUACCCAGAUGGAAGUAGCAAAGAGAAGAGAAGAGCAGCAAUUGCCCAGGCCUUAGCUGGGGAAGUCAGUGUGGUCCCUCCAUCUCGUCUCAUGGCAUUACUGGGACAGGCACUGAAGUGGCAGCAACACCAGGGGUUGCUCCCUCCUGGCAUGACCAUUGAUUUGUUCCGUGGCAAAGCAGCUGUCAAAGAUGUAGAAGAAGAAAAAUUUCCUACACAGCUGAGUAGGCAUAUUAAGUUUGGUCAGAAAUCACAUGUGGAGUGUGCUCGAUUUUCUCCAGAUGGUCAGUAUCUGGUCACUGGCUCUGUUGAUGGAUUCAUUGAAGUAUGGAACUUUACGACUGGAAAAAUCAGGAAGGAUCUUAAGUACCAGGCCCAGGACAACUUUAUGAUGAUGGAUGAUGCUGUCCUCUGCAUGUGUUUCAGCAGAGAUACAGAAAUGUUAGCAACUGGGGCCCAAGAUGGAAAAAUCAAGGUAUGGAAGAUUCAGAGUGGACAGUGUUUAAGGAGAUUUGAAAGGGCACACAGUAAAGGUGUCACCUGUCUAAGCUUUUCUAAGGAUAGUAGUCAGAUUCUGAGUGCCUCUUUUGACCAGACAAUUAGAAUUCAUGGCUUAAAAUCUGGGAAAACCCUGAAGGAAUUUCGUGGCCAUUCCUCCUUUGUUAAUGAAGCAACAUUCACACAAGAUGGACAUUAUAUUAUCAGUGCAUCCUCUGAUGGCACUGUGAAGAUUUGGAACAUGAAGACCACAGAAUGUUCAAAUACCUUUAAAUCCCUGGGCAGCACUGCAGGAACAGACAUUACAGUCAACAGUGUGAUCCUGCUUCCUAAAAAUCCAGAGCACUUCGUGGUGUGCAACAGAUCAAACACAGUGGUCAUCAUGAACAUGCAGGGGCAGAUUGUUAGAAGCUUCAGCUCUGGUAAGAGAGAAGGUGGUGACUUUGUUUGCUGUGCCCUCUCCCCCCGUGGUGAGUGGAUCUACUGUGUGGGCGAGGACUUUGUGCUCUACUGCUUCAGCACUGUCACUGGCAAGCUGGAGAGAACUCUGACUGUUCAUGAGAAGGAUGUCAUUGGUAUUGCCCAUCACCCUCAUCAGAACCUGAUUGCUACCUACAGUGAAGAUGGACUUCUAAAGCUCUGGAAACCCUGAGUUGACUUUGCUUUUUAAACAAACUUGGGAGCAUGUACAUGUAGGUUGCUUUUUUUUUUUGUUUCCUUUCUUUUGCCAACUUUUUUAAGGAAACAAAUUGUCUGAGUAAGCCA